CGGAAGUGGGGUACCGGAAGCGGCCGUUGUCAUGGAUCCCGCGGAGGACUGGCUGGUGGAGUCCUUGCGCUUGUACCAGGAUUUCCACGCAUUCGACCUCUCAGGAGCCACCCGAGUCCUCGAAUGGGUUGGUGACAAAGGAGUUUUUGUUGCUGGCUAUGAAAACCUGAAAAAAAAUGAAAUUCUUCAUCUGAUAUUACCUCCCAGACUUUGUGUAAAAGAAAACCAGGGCUUAUUCCCAGAAAGAGAUUUCAAGGUACGCCAUGGAGGAUUUUCAGACAGGUCUGUCUUUGAUCUGAAGCACGUGCCAGACACCAGGUUGUUGGUGACCAGUGGCCUUCCAGGUUGUUAUCUGCAAGUGUGGCAGGUCGCAGAGGACAGCGAUGUCAUCGAAGCUGUCAGCACCGUUGCUGUGCAUGAGAAAGAGGGGAGUCUCUGGCCGAGGCUUGCCAUCUUCUCAUCAAUGGCACCUGGAGUCCUCCACGGGGUGCGGCUCAGCGGUCUGAAGGUCGUGGAUCUGGAAUCCCAGAAGACCACGUACGCCUCAGGUGUCAGUGACAGUGCGGAGCUAAGUAGCCUGCAGGUCUUGGAUGCAGACACCUUUGCCUUCUGCUGCACCUCGGGCCGGCUGGGGCUCGUUGACACCCGCCAGCAGUGGGCACCAUCAGAGACCGUCAGCCCUAGCCCUGGGUCUGGUGGAGGGAGGUGGUGUGCAGAAGUCAGGGGCAAGGGCCAGGGCCCUGGACCCAACAUCGCCAGCCUUUGCUCAGAGGGGCAGCUCUGUCUUCUUGACCCUCGGGACCUCUGCCAUCCUGUGAGCUCAGUCCAGUGCCCAGUGUCCACACCCAGCCCUGACCCACAGCUGCUUCGAGUGACUUGGGCUCCAGGCCUGGACAACUGCUUGGCCAUUUCAGGUUUCGGUGGCACAGUCCAGGUCUAUGACGUCACGUCUUGGGGUGGAUUGGAGGGCCAAGUAGAGCCUCUCUUCACUCACAAAGGUCACAUCUUCCUGGAUGGCAAUGGGACAGGCACUGCUCCACUGGUCACCACCCACACCUGGCACCCCCACAAACCAAGGACUUUGUUGUCAGCAGCAAGUGAUGCCUCUCUGCACGUGUGGGACUGGGUGGACCUCCGUGCCUCCCGCUGACACCAGCGUCUUCCUGCCGGGUCUCUGGAAGAGGAGCUGCUGUAUGUACAGUGGUACUGAUUUAGGACUCAAGUGACCACAGGUCGUUGUUAUCAGCUGAGUGGCUUUGGGCCAGUUAAGCAGCCUCUCUUAACCUCAGUGUCUUUAUUAGUAAGAUGGGAAAGUUAGAAGAAAUAUAUGGAAAACAUCAGGUAGGGUGCAUGGUAGAGAUUUGGUGGCUACUCUUGGAUCAGAGCAGUUGUGGGAGACAGGAUCCUGCUGCUUCCAGCAGGUUUCAGUCCGUAGGCUUUUGGCAUGAGAGACGCUUUCCUCACCCAGUGGACUGUGGGAGGCAUUCUCAAGCAAUGUUGACCAUACACAAUCAUCCCUGUGUACUGGCUUACAGCCCACCCCCCAUGUAAGCUGUGGCUCCAGCACUUUGCACUGUCGGGAGGCUGAUAUUAACAGGGAUUAAGGCACUUGUGUUGGAGUCAGAUCAGGUGUGGGUGUGUGGAAGACUUCAGAGACACAAGGUGUGGAGCCCAGGCCCAGUGCAACCUGCCCACCAGCUCUCUUGGGGCUGCUCCUGUUAACCCCCAGGCAAAACUCAGACCCAGCCAACAAUACGGCUGCUUUGCAAUAGGACUCAAAGGUUCAUAAUGUCAAUAAAGACCAGUGAAGCCCCAUGAUUCAGGCUGGAUGACAGCUGUUCUCCAAAAAGAAAA